GCUCUCUCUCCUUUUCUCUCUCUUCAAGAUGGCCUUGAAAACCCACUCGUAAAUUUCUGUUCUUUUUCUUUUUUUCUCUCAGAAAAUUGAGCUGCUCUCUCUCUCUCUCUCUCGCUCUAUAUAUAUAUAAAAAAUAUAUACAAAUAAAAUGACAAAGCCGUGGGGUCUCUGAGGGCGUCUGAGAUCUACUUGUAGAACUAUAGAUAGAGAUUGGCUGAGAAAGGAAAAGCGAGAGCACUGCAGGAGGAGAAGGAUUAAACCUAAGCAGGGGUAGUGAAGAAAGGUGACUCCAUUUAAUGGAGUCUGACCUGUGGAUUUCAGUUGAGAAUCUCUAUUUUGUAUACUCCGUAAUUCAAGUAAUGGUGGAAGUCUUGCAUGAAUUGGUUUAAAUUUCUAGUCAUGCUCAGGUGAUGAAUAGAAAAAUUUAUUGGGUAUCAACAUCAGUUUAUGGUGGCAUUCAAUUGAAUUUCAUUGAAAGCAUACUAUUGGGAUCUCAAGAUCACAGCUAGUGUUGGAAGUUUAAUGUGAUAGCAGUUACAAUUUGAAGCUCUUUGGUCUGAUUCAGGCAAGUUGCAUUUGUAGGGCCUGGAAGAGACACAUCACCUUGGUCAUCAUUGGAUGUAUAUACUCAUUCCAUUCACUUCUAGGGAGAUCAUAGAUUAGAAUUGUGCUUCACUGCGGCUGGUAUUGUUAAUCCCAGAAGUUGCACGUCUUAGUAAAUGAAUUGUGAAGGUUGUACAUCCUUUCUUGGAAGCACAGUUAGCAGUGAUAUGAUAUAUUAGUUUACACUCAUCUAGAGGUCCUCCUGUUGCUUGGAAUAUUUAAGUAUCAUACUACACUGGUACUUCUGUUUUGUUCAAAGUACCAAUCAAUAACAUGGAAGCUGAGAGUUUUAAUUCUAACCAUCUUCUGGGUAGUCCUAAUCGGCUACUUCCUGCUGUUGUACCUGUGCUUCUGAUUUCAAUUGGAUAUGUUGACCCUGGGAAGUGGGCAGCGACUGUUGAAGGUGGUGCACGGUUUGGGUCUGAUCUGGUAGUGUUGAUGCUUGUAUUCAAUUUUGCUGCUAUUUUAUGUCAAUACCUGUCUGCUCGGAUUGGCUUAGUCACUGGAAAAGAUCUUGCACAGAUUUGCAGUGAUGAGUACGAUAAGUAUACGUGCAUAUUCAUAGGAGUCCAAACGGAGGUUUCUGUGAUUGCAUUGGACCUUACCAUGGUCCUUGGCCUUGCACAUGGACUUAAUCUUCUUUUUGGGUGGGACUUGUUCACUUGUGUCUUUUUGACUGCUGUCAAUGCUGUUUUAUUUCCACUUUUUGCCAUCCUCCUGGAAAACAACAAGGCAAAGUUUCUGUGCAUAUGCACGUCAGGCCUUAUUUUACUUUCUGUUGUUCUUGGAGUAGUCAUCAGUCAACCAGAAAUCUCGCUUUCAAUGAAUGGGAUGCUAACAAAGUUAAGUGGGGAGAGUGUGUAUGCACUUAUGAGUCUUCUUGGGGCAAAUAUCAUGCCUCAUAACUUCUUUCUUCAUUCUUCUAUUGUACAGCAAUAUCAGGGAUCAACAAACAUUUCCAAGGAUGCCUUGUGUCAUAACCAUUUUGUUGCCAUCUUAUGCGUCUUUAGCGGUAUUUAUCUGGUGAAUUAUGUGCUGAUGGUCUCAGCGGCAAAUGUAUUUAACAGUACUGGCCUAGUCGUGCUUACUUUUCAGGAGGCAAUUUCACUAAUGGAACAGGUGUUUAGGAUUCCCAUAGCUCCCUUUGCCUAUCUAUUGGUUUUGUUUUUCUCAAAUCAAAUCACAUCAUUAACCUGGAGUCUCUCUGGACGAGUAGUUUUGCAAGAUUUCUUGAAGCUGGACAUUCCUAUUUGGCUUCAUUGUGCUACAAUUAGAGUUAUUGCUGUUGUUCCAGCCCUUUACUGCGUGUGGAGUUCAGGAUCUGAUGGGAUGUAUCAACUGCUUAUACUCACACAGGUGAUAGUAGCUCUGCUACUUCCAUCUUCUGUGAUCCCCCUUUUCCGUGUUGCUGCAUCAAGAUCAAUAAUGGGUGUCUACAAAAUUUCUCAGUUUGUGGAGUUUUUAGCCCUCAUCACUUUUAUUGGGAUGCUAGGCUUGAAGCUUAUGUUUGUGGUAGAAAUGGCAUUUGGAAAUAGUGAUUGGGUUGGAAAUUUGAGGUGGAACAUGGGGAGUAGCAUGUCUUUCUCUUACAUAGUUCUUCUUUUCACUGCUUGUGCGUCACUUUGUUUGAUGCUUUGGCUAUUAGCUACCCCAUUAAAAUCUGCAAGUGCUAAAUUAGAUGCUCAGGUGUGGAACUGGGAUACGCCAAAGGCUGUACCUGAUCCAUCCACCGAGAGAGAGGAAACUGAUUUAACUGGAGCUGGAUAUUAUGGAGAGGCAUCUGUUCAGAUGCAAGAACCAUCACCAGCCGAGGGGAAGGGUUUGCAGAGUCAUUCAGACAUACCAGUUGCAGAUUUAGACCAUAAUUUGCCUGAAACUAUUAUGGAGCCUGAUCAGGAGCUCCAUUUGACUACUGUAGAGGAAAAUCGUUCUAAUGCUACAUUUCCUAGCUCGCCCACAUUUGGCCUGGAGGAAUCUGGAACCACAGGAGAGUCAGUCCCUGUUUCAACCGUUUCUAGUGAGGUUUCUGAUGUUAAAUUGCUCGACUCUGGAACUGUGAAAACUGGAUCAAUGGACCCUGUGGAGAAUGUUGAAAUUGAGGGAGAUCUACAAACUGAAAAAGAUGAUGAUGAGGGAGACACCUGGGAGGCUGAAGAAUCAUCUAAAGGGGUUUCUGGGAGCACCCAAUCUUUGACAUCUGAGGGUCCGGGAUCAUUUAGAAGUCUCAGUGGGAAAGGUGAUGAAGGUGGGAGUGGUGCUGGAAGUCUUUCAAGAUUAGCAGGAUUGGGUCGUGCAGCAAGGCGUCAACUAGCACAAGUUCUUGAUGAGUUUUGGGGUCAACUGUAUGAUUUCCAUGGGCAAGCUACUCAAGAAGCGAAGGCUAAGAAACUGGAUGUGUUGCUAGGGGUGGAUUCUAAGCUUGCCUCUUCAUCACUAAAAGUGGAUAUCACUACAAAGGAAAUUUCUGGAUACUUGCCAUCUGUGGGAGGCAGGGGGUCUGAUCAUCUUAUAAACUCAAGUCUAUAUGACUCUCCCAAGCAGCAGAAUGUGCAAAGGAGCUUGGAGUCAUUGUAUGGGGUUCAAAGAGGAUCUUCGUCGUUGUGGUCCAACCCCGUGCAGCUGUUGGGUGCAUAUGUGCAGAAUUCAAGCCACAAUGUCAUCGACUCCAGCGAAAGGCCCUAUUCUAGUGUGCGCAAUCUACAACCUUCUGAAAGCUGGGAUUAUCAGCCGGCUACGGUACAUGGUUAUCAGAUAGCAUCCUAUCGAAUGGCUAAAGACAGAAGCUCUGAUCACUUAAAUAAUCCAAUGGAGUCUUCAGCCUUGAGAUCCCCAUCAUUGGGUGUUACAAACUACAGAGAUUCGAUUGCAUUUUCUUCAAGGCAAAAGUUGCACAAUGGGUUAAGCUUUGGUCAGGCCUCCGGUUUACCAAACCCUGCAAUAUCCAGGGAUAGUCCAUUGCAUUCUGAAAGAUCAUAUUAUGAUUUCUGCACUUCUGGACCUGCUGAGAUUUAUUCAAGUUCAGGCAACACGAAAAAGUACCAUAGCUUGCCAGACAUGUCAGGGUUGUCAAUCCCGCAGCGGGAUUUAUACAUCUCUGAUAAGAGUUCUCAAUGGGACAGUGCUGGGGGAUAUGGAUCCUCUGUUGCUAGAACAGGUUAUGAACCAUCCUUAUAUCCAAAUUUUGGAUCAAGAACAGGAGCCCCUUUGGCAUUUGAUGAACUGUCUCCAUCAAAAGCUUACAGAGAUGGUUUCUCCUCGCAGUGGAAUUCUGACACUGGAUCCCUCUGGUCUAGACAACCUUUUGAGCAGUUUGGUGUAGCUGAUAAAUAUCGUACCGUUGGGAGCGAAGGAGUUGGAAGUAGGGCAAGUUCAAUUACACAAGAAGCUACUUCUGUUGUGGAUUCAGAGGCCAAACUUCUUCAAUCUUUUAGACAUUGCAUUGUGAAGCUGUUGAAAUUGGAAGGAUCUGACUGGUUGUUUAGACAAAAUGAUGGGGCUGAUGAGGAUCUAAUUGACCGCGUGGCUGCAAGGGAGAAACUCCUUUAUGAAGCUGAAACUAGAGAGAUGAAUAGGUCGGUUCACUUGGGUGAGCCUCAGUAUCUGUCUUCUGAUAGGAAAUCUGCUUCGACAAUGAGGAAUAACGAUGCAACUUUCAACAACUUUUUGAUCUACUCGGUUCCUCAUUGCGGGGAGGGCUGUAUUUGGAGAUCGGAUUUGAUAGUAAGCUUUGGAGUCUGGUGCAUCCACCGGGUUCUUGAUCUUUCCCUUAUGGAAAGCCGGCCAGAGCUAUGGGGGAAGUAUACUUAUGUACUCAACCGUCUGCAGGGAAUCGUUGAUGUGGCGUUUUCAAAACCUCGAUCUCCAAUGACCCCGUGCUUCUGCCUUGAAAUCCCUACAAAUUUCCAGCAGAAGUCAAGCCCUCCGCCUGUAUCAAAUGGAAUGCUGCCCCCAGCCUCUAAACCGGGCAGGGGAAAAUGCACAACUGCAGCAGUGCUUCUAGAUAUAAUCAAGGAUGUAGAGAUUGCAAUUUCUUGCAGAAAGGGCAGAACAGGAACCGCUGCCGGCGAUGUGGCUUUCCCAAAGGGAAAAGAGAAUCUGGCAUCUGUCCUCAAACGUUACAAGCGUCGAUUAUCCAACAAACCUGUUGGUGCUCAUGAGGGGUCUGCUCUACGAAAGGUUCCCACAUCUGCUCCAUAUACCUCAUAGCUCCCUUCUCUCUCUCUUCUCUCUCUCUCUCUCUCAAUGUGUAUCAAAGUUUUUGCUGCAAAGUUUAUUUCCUUGUAUGUUAAAUAUGCAUAGGAUAACAAUUACUGGGCAUGUAAUCGCAGCAGAAUUAAUGAAAAUGGUUAGAAGAAAGGUGGAAAAUUGAUUA